AUGGCUGCUCGAGGGCCGUUUGAGAUGGGUGGCAAAUGUUGCAGCGGCUCAGUUUCUCCCCAGAGCAUCCUCUACCAAAUCCUUAACAAUGAAGAGCGAUGGAAGACUGAAGGGAACCCCCAGUGUUUCCCCCUCCCCUUUCUGUUUCCAAAUAUUGGCUGCCCCUGUGAGGUAAACCGAAGAGUCAUCCUGAAAAUACCGGGCAUCACCUGCAACAGAGCAUCGGAAGUGCUUCUGAAAACUAUCACGUUCAUAAGAAAGCUGCCUUCUUUUUUCCAGUUGCCCCUGGAAGACCAGAUCCUCUUGAUACGACAGGGCUGGGCACCCCUCUUCCUACUGGGUCUGGCUCAAGAACGGGUGGAUUUUGAACUCUUAGAGACCUCAGUCCCCAGCCUCUUGAAAGCAGUCCUCCUUAAUCAGUCUCCGGCAGGUGAAUACAAACUGGAGAACUCUCCUUUGGGAGCAUCACUAGCAGAAGUUCAGAAGAUUAAGGAUUUCCUGGGAAAGUUCUGGAACGCAGACAUUUGUGCAAAAGAAUAUGCCUAUCUUAAAGGAAUUGUUCUAUUUAAUCCUGGUAAGUCUCGUCCAGGUAUUUUCAAAGGCUGCAGUCCUGCCCUCAGUUCCUUGAGCAUUGCUCCUAUUAAUACCCAAGGGACUUAACAGCUUGACUCGACUUACUUAAUGACAGGAUUGCACCCUAAAACUGCACAGUUCAGGGUGCAGAAAUAAAUUUAAAAGUUGCUUAAGAGGAAGGAAUUUUUAAUUGGGUAUUUACAUGUUUUCAAAAAUCCAUUUUUAAACCUUUCUGACUUUCAAACUACAAUAUACUUUUUUUUUAAAAAAAGUAUGUAUUAUAUAUAAUACACAUGCAGGUGUUGUGGGUGUAUGGGAGCUAAAAUAUCCAAAUUUACUUUACCGCUUAAAACUUUAGGCUCUAGUCUAAUGUGAGGGAGAUGUAUGCAGGGGCAAUACUGGACAAUGCACAAUGUAAAUGUGAUAUUACAUUACUAUAAGUCAGGGGUGUGGAAUCUGUGGUCUUCCUGAUGUGGAUUGCAACUCACAUCAGCCCCAUCCAAUUUAGACAAUUGUAAGGGAUAAUGGGAGCUGUAGUCCAACAAUUUAUGAAGGGACACAGGUUCCUGUUUCCAGCUGGAAGGGCUGCUGCAAUGUAGGGAGCCAAUUACUACAAAAAUGUGGAAUGACUAACAGACCCCUCAAAAGAGAUCUUAAGAGGAUGGAGUCAUUAGUGACAAGAGCAUGGGGCACUAAAUAUAAUUAAAGGUUCAUUCAUGAAACAUUACCGUGGGCUUUUGAGUAAACGCCUAACUGCAGUGGUAACCAGCUGAAAAACUUUAUGGCAUUCUGUAUUUAGAAAGAAGUUGUCAUCUGCUCGAUUUCGUUCACCUUAUUUAUUUUUAAGCCAGCUUUUUGGAGUCAAUCCCUCACAAGGCUGUUUUCAAUACUGUGUAUCAAAACAUGAGUUAUAUAAAUCAAAAUAUCUAACCUAUAAAACAAACAGCAGGAAUCCAAAAUGAGGGACUAAAAAAGAAAAACACUGAACCCAGCAUAAGAUCAAAAUGGACCACACUCCCAGCGAACAUGCAAUAAAUGGCAUUGCCAUAGCUCUUCACACUUUCCUGCUCUCAGAACCAACACAACGAGAAGAUGCAUUUAUUUCCCUUAUUUCCUUAUUUCUAAUUUUACAGACCUCCACGACUUAAAAUGCCACCAUUAUGUCCAGGCCCUUCAACAGGAAGCUCAGCAUACUCUGAUAGAGUUUGUCUCAAUGACUCAUAGCAGAAGCAGGAGGAGAUAUGCUUGGAUGAUGGAAUUGCUUGGUUUUCUGAGGACCUUCAGUCCAGAUACCAUUGGAGAACUCUUCUUCAAACCCAUCUUGGGUGAUGUUGACUUAAACACCUUACUUCUGGAAACACUUUACACCAAACAGGACCUUAUUUGA